AUGAAGUUCUUAGGCUUUUACGGCGUCUUCACUGGAGUACUAGUGGCAGUGCUGAGAGCGCACAGGGUACUAGGAGACUCUCCGAUUGAAGAGUUUGGUAAAAAAGGAGGUGGAGAAUUUAAAUUUAAUGUGAUUAGGGAAGUAAAUAUGUUUUUUAAUGAGAUCAUGUACUUCUUAGACCAGGCUGAAUGGGUGUCAGAAGAAGACAUAGAGUAUAUGCUAAAACUGCUUGACCAUUAUAAACAGAGGUUGUUUCAAGAACUGAGCGAUAAAGCAUUGGAAUUAGAAAUAAAUAAGGAUACACUGGAACUAAAUGAAUAUAGAAAAUUAGUAAAUGAAUUUAGAAUAUCUGAGAGUGAAGAAAAUGAAAUUGGUAAAAAAAAUAAAAAAACUAAAAAUGAUAAAACAAAUGAUACAAUAGAAAAAAGUGAUGGAAUACAAAAAUUAAAAGAAAAAGAUGGAAUGGGAAAACAUGAAAUUAAAAGUGAGGAUGAAGUAGCAAUAGAAGAGAAAGAUGGAAAUAUAGUGGAUAAGAGUGAACUGAGAGGAAGUAGUUCAAAAAAGGAAGAAAAGGAUGAAAGAAAGAUAGAAAGAGAUAUAAGGGGUAGAAAAUUGAAAGAAACCGAGGGGAAUGGGAAUGGAGAGAGACAAGCGAAAGUGGAGGAGUUGAAAGGUAGAAAACGAAACGGGGCUCUAUCACCCAUUGAUGAGAAGUUCAAUGAGUCAGACACGGAAGAUGAGGAACAACAAGAACAGUAUGGAAAGCUGGACGUGUUGCCGGCGAGGGAGGUGAACAGGAUCAGAGACAAAAUGGACUCAAUCAGCGAGGAGAUGGGCACUCUGGAGGAGAAGCUGAAGGAGCUGGUGAGGAUUCAAGGCGUGGUCAACAGCCUGAAGGACCAGCUGGAGGAGCACCUGCGGCUCCAGCAGGCGAGUGCGCUGAGUGGGCAGUUUCCAGAGCUCGGAGGAGACCAGGCAAGUGUCAGUGCCAAGUAA